GCGGCGGGAGCGGCUCGGGGACGGCCGCCGGAGGUGACGGAGCGGCGGCGGCCCCGCCCCGGGAGCUGCGGGACGAGCUCGGCGGGCCGCGUCCCGCGGAGUCCGGUCGAGGCUCCAGCCAGCGGGUCACCGGGCGCCCCCCUCCCCCUCCCCCGGGCCCCCGCGCCCCCUGGCGGGCGCAGCCAUGAGCGCGGAGGUGAAGGUGACCGGGCAGAACCAGGAGCAGUUCCUCCUGCUGGCCAAGUCGGCCAAGGGGGCCGCGCUGGCCACGCUCAUCCACCAGGUGCUGGAGGCCCCGGGCGUCUACGUGUUCGGCGAGCUGCUGGACAUGCCCAACGUCCGCGAGCUGGCCGAGAGUGACUUCGCGUCCACGUUCCGCCUGCUCACGGUGUUUGCGUACGGGACGUACGCCGACUACCUAGCGGAAGCCAGGAGCCUGCCCCCCCUCACCGAGGCGCAGAAGAACAAGCUCCGCCACCUGUCCGUGGUCACGCUGGCCGCCAAAGUGAAGUGCAUCCCGUACGCGGUGCUGCUGGAGGCGCUGGCGCUGCGCAACGUGCGGCAGCUGGAGGACCUGGACGAGGCGGUGUACGCGGACGUGCUGCGCGGCUCGCUGGACCAGCGCAACCAGCGGCUCGAGGUGGACUACAGCAUCGGCCGCGACAUCCGCCGCCGCGACCUCAGCGCCAUCGCGCGCACGCUGCACGAGUGGUGCGUGGGCUGCGAGGUGGUGCUGUCGGGCAUCGAGGAGCAGGUGAGCCGCGCCAACCAGCACAAGGAGCAGCAGCUGGGCCUCAAGCAGCAGAUCGAGAGCGAGGUGGCGAACCUCAAGAAAACCAUCAAGGUGACGACGGCGGCGGCGGCGGCGGCCACGUCCCAGGACCCCGAGCAGCACCUGGCCGAGCUGCGGGAGCCCGCGGCGGGCGCCGGGCAGCGCCAGCCCAGCAAGAAGGCGUCCAAGGGCAAGGGGCUCCGCGGGCAGCGCCAAGAUCUGGUCCAAGUCCAACUGAGGAGGCCCCGCGCGAGGCCGCCCCGACGGCGCGGGCCUCCCCUGGAGUGCGCGGGAGUCGGCGGGGACCGCAGAUUGUAUAGAGAGAACCGAGGAGCGUGCGCGCGCAUCGCCACGGACCCCGAGCGCCACGACUGCGCACGCGCCCCGACCCGCCCUGCGUCCUCGGGGACGCUUCCCGCCGGCCCCGGUCCUGAACUCGGGGCCCGGGCGCGGCCCCCGGGUCGCGGGCUGCCGGGGAGGCGAGCGCUCGCCGCGAAGGUGGUUUCUAAUAAAGCAGCCCCAAGCCAGGCCGGGUCCCCUCCUUCCAAGCGCCCGCCCCCUCCAGGGAGCGUGGGAACGUGGGGCCGUGUCCCCCCUCCUCACCAUGACACGGGGGCCAGGGUCAGCGAAGAACCCAGGGGCAAGCGGUGGGGUCGGAGCCCCUGGACUGGAAUCCCCCCCCAUCACCACCCCCAUCCACCAGCCAGUCGUGCUCACGGCCGCUGGGGCGCUGCCGGGGCUCGAACUCGGGGGCCCCACGGCCCCACUUUCCCGAGUCGCGCGGAGCGCAGCAGCUCCCGGCAGGCCUGCAGCAGGGAGGGAGUCACCCCGGGCUUCCUCCCGGCUCCCCAGCACUGCGGGCGGGGAGGGGGACCCCUACCCCCCCUCCCGGCACGGACCCCGGACCCCGGCGGGCGCAGCCCCAGACCCCCGCAUUACCCCCCCUCCCCCGCGCGCUCGGAGCGUCCGGGUUCUCGUUUCUCCUUUAUUCCAUGA